AUGUCAGAACUCUCGGAAAUUCUAGAUCUCUUAUGGAAUCCUCCCCGAAAACGUGACCGCCAUCCUGAAAUGCCAAGCCCGAACCGUUUCAAGCCCGAGGAUUUCGGUCACUACAAAAAAUGGGGUUUUGCGAUUUAUCGCACAUAUUAUGGUGCUGAAUCGGAUCACCACUGGGGUGUUCUUCUCCAAGCAUUGAGACAACAGACUCUGUUAUCCAUUGGGUAUCACGAGAGUGCUGAGGCUGAAGAGCUCUGGGAGAGAGACGCAAAUGGGCGGUACAAGCAUUGGAAAAAGAGGGAAAAUUACUUAGCUUCACUGGACGUUUUCAAAAGCUUGUUUCGAAUAUUUCCGCAUCAGGAUCCUUCUCAUCUUGAAGGUCUCGACAUCAAUGGCAUAAGACAGGUUUGUCGGAAACAGCAUCAUGAAGCAGAGCAGAAGAUGGCAGGGGCAAAGUUCUGUUUCGUACUCGUUGCUGAUAAAGCGGUACUAGAUGGCAUCGCACGGAACGAAUUUGUGGUUAAGGCAGUUGGCUAUGACUGGGAUCCUAACGACAACCACGGUGGCUGGGGCUGGUUACGGCUGGAAACAGGCCGCCUGCUUGAACUUUGGGAAGCACUUCUGCUUUCUGAUGUGUGUUUCACCAACAAGUAUUACUGGAUCAACGGUUGGGGGCCAGAGAGUGAUUUGGAGACCGAUGUCUGGGAGGGAGACUAUUCCACGCCUUCAUUACACGAUACCUCUGAGGUGCAAACAGCCAAUGGGUUUAGAUCGAGUCGGUUCGUGUUUGACUAUUAG